AUGCAUCCCCUGCAGCGUCCCCGGCCAUCUCCUCCGGCCGAUGCCGGCAUCCGGCUUCCGUGUUCCGGUCCCUGCGAGCGUCGGGACGCACGGGACGUACGGGGGCCGGAACCGGCGGCAAUUUUAAAAAUUUUUAGAAACUUUCAUUUUUCAAAUAAAUGAUGUAUCAAACCAUUUCACAUACAGUUUGUCCCUACUGCUUUGUCCUGUGCCUUGCCUGCAUUUUCACUGUUCUUUCUGCCUGGAAACUUAGAAAAGUCCAUGGCGUCAAAAAGCGUCCCUUUAGGUCAAAAGUGGUUUCAGAUCAGCUAGAGAACAGUGAUAGUAAAUCAGAACCACUUGCAGAAUUG